AUGCAAAGACCAAUCAAUUCUCCACCACCAUAUGAACCAGGAUUCAAAAACGCUGAUGGAUAUGGCCAUCCAUAUCCACCAAGUAGCCCCCAGUCAAUGCCAAUGCCCAUGAACUCUGGGAUGAACUACCCAUCGGCCCCACCACCCCGAAUGCAUCAACCUGCACCAACAACAACAAGCACUGUUGUAGUUGUUGGUGGUGGUGGUGGGGGAGGUUUGCCUGGCUGCCCAGUGUGCCACAACAACAGCUGGGGGAGUACUUGGGGAUGUUGCGCCUGGAUGUGGUUGAUUUGCUGUUUCCCCAUCGGAAUCCUGUGCUGUUUGUGCAUGAGAGAAAAGAAAUGCACUCAAUGUGGAUACACCAUUGGCUAGAACCUCCAUACCAUAUUUCAAGGAAAGGAACUACUGGACAAUAAACAAGGUCAACCUUGACCGAAAACACUGUUUUAAUACAACUGUCAACUUUUUUAUUUUGUGUGUCUAAAGUGUACAAUUCUUCAAUAUCCAAUAGAUA